UUAGGGAAGGGCUGCUCUGAGAGUUGGGCUGUAGUAUAAAAGGCUGUGUCAGGGAGGGGAAUUUUGAGUUGACAGUAGUUCAAAAUCCUAAAGGAAAAGUUCCAUUAGCAAUUUAGGAAGAAAACAUAAAUUUUAAGGGAGGUUUUCAUUCUUAGAGCUGAGCUAUUAUGAUAAGAUCUAUAAUUUAAGAGCAAAACACAACAUUUCUGUUCCCUGACAUAAGCGUAAGAGUGACUGUCCACAUAGUGCAAAGUAUGGCCUCGGUCCUACCCGCUUCCAAAAGAUGCAUGAGAGCUGACAGAAAGGCAUACGUGGGAAAAGGUUUUGUUCAUGUUAACAAUCCUCACCUGGAUUCUCUGGAUGAAGACAUUCUUUAUCACCUGGAUUUAGGAACUAAAACGCACAACCUACCAGCAAUGUUUGGAGAUGUAAAGUUUGUCUGCGUUGGUGGGAGCCCCAACAGAAUGAAAGCCUUUGCACUGUUUAUGCAUAAGGAGCUCGAGUUGGAGGGAAGUGGAGAAGACAUAAAAGAUGUCUGUGCUGGGACAGACAGAUAUUGUAUGUACAAAACCGGGCCCGUCCUCUCCAUCAGUCACGGUAUGGGCAUCCCCUCCAUUUCUAUUAUGCUUCACGAACUCAUCAAAUUACUCCACCACGCACGAUGCUGUGAUGUCACUAUUAUCAGAAUCGGCACCUCGGGGGGAAUAGGGAUUGUGCCUGGGACUGUAGUAAUAACAGAUACAGCUGUAGACUCCUUCUUCAAGCCCCGGUUUGAACAGGUGAUCUUGGAUAACAUUGUCACCCGUAGUACGGAACUUGACAAGGAUCUGGCUGAAGAACUAUUCAGCUGUAGCAAAGAAAUCUCCAACUUCCCAACCCUCAUUGGACAUACAAUGUGUACCUAUGAUUUUUAUGAAGGUCAAGGUCGUUUAGAUGGAGCAUUGUGCUCCUUUUCCAGAGAAAAAAAGUUAGAUUACUUGAAGAGAGCAUAUAGAGCUGGCGUCAGGAAUAUUGAAAUGGAGUCGACAGUGUUUGCAGCCAUGUGUGGACUUUGUGGUCUAAAAGCUGCUGUGGUCUGUGUGACACUUCUUGACAGACUCGACUGUGACCAGAUCAACUUGCCCCAUGACAUUAUGUUAGAAUACCAGCAACGGCCUCAGCUCCUAAUCUCCAAGUUCAUCAAACAGCGGCUUGAACUUCAUGACCAGACGUCAUAAGAAGGUCUCCCAACCCUCCCCUGCAAGUUUAUAGCUCAAGUUGUAAUGUGAACAUCAUAACAUUUGUGGUAUUUACAUAUAGUUCUCAUUCACAUGUUAAAAUCAUAAUGGAGAGAUUUUAUUAAAUCCUUUCCUCUUAAAAAAGAAAAUUUAUUACUCUGGGAGGCCAAGGGGGGCAUAUUACUUGAGCUCAGGAGUUUGAGACCAGCAUGAGUAAGAGUGAGAUCCUGUCUCUACUAAAAAUAGAAAAACUGAGGCAAGAGGAUCUCUUGAGCCCAAGAGUUUGCUAUGAGCUAUGAUGCCAUGGCACUCUACCCGGAGUGACAGAGUGAGACAGUCUCAAAAAAAAAAAAAACACUUAUUAUAAAAGAAUUUAAUAAUCACAUUAAAUUAAAUUCAAAUUUCAUUUUAGAGUAAGAUAACUAAAUCAGUCUAAUAAUUAAAAUUUUAAAACUCCUGGAUUGUGACAUUUGGAGUUUCAUAUGCAGCAUUAAUUAAGCUCACAUCAAAACAGAUCAGCCAUUUGUAGAUCCAGUUACCACUCUGUUUCUGAAACCAAUCCAGAAAUUCAUGUUAGAAAGUUGUCAGACAGUUCUAGGUAUUGGACAAGUGUCAAAAAUUGAUUAUGUACAUUCAAAAUAUUUACAGACAUAAGUGUCAGUGUAAUGUAGAUCUAUAUGGGAAAGUUGCCCUUAGGGAAAUAUGAGAAUACUUUUUAAAAACUGCACAAUUUCAGCACACCACAGAAUAGGUCUAGAGGUCUACCUAUGCCUAUAUUUGUGAUUUUAUCACAGAAUAUAACAACCCUGGAUUACAUGUUAUUUUUCAGAUGAAAACCUUCAGUGAUUCAAAGAAAGGUCUUUAUUUUUCUUCAGAAGUCACAAGUGACCAAAUGGCCUUCUAGCAAUUUCUUUCUCUUUUAAAGGAAUGUAUUUUAAAGGCACUGAAAUUUUACUUCAUUUCAAUGUUAACCAAAUGGGCUGAAGAAUUAGUAACAAUGACAUUCAGAGUUGUUAGUCAGAGUUAGUCUUUUUGUGUGACUUUGAGGCAGGUCCUAUGCAGACCUGCGGCACCCCCACCUGUCUGCCCCUCUGGGAGGCGCGGGGCACACGCCAUCUGUACCAUCCUCUCUCUGCAUUGAUUCUGCCUUGGAGGUUAUCAACUUGACAUAUGUAGGAG